AAUGUUACUGCAUUAUGAGAGAGAAGGCAGGCUGCAGGAGAAAGGCAGGCUUUAGCAUGGUUUUUCUUUUCCUUCCUGCCUAAAGCCUUGCAACCCAUCAUCUUCUACUAGUGUCUAGUCAUCUGCACAGUAGCAAGCUGCCGGUUCUGCUCACGGGCUCUUAACUAAAUCAAAAAGCACCACCCAAGGGGGUCGCAAGGAGAGACUGCAAGGAAAUAGCAGUAAGCUCAGUGUGUAACCCGCUCACUCUGCGCAGUUGUAAAGCGACCGGCCAGUAACAGUACUGUCAGCUCUAGCAUGAGUGGAUCUUCCUUCAUUUCAGUGUACAUCAGGGGUACAAGAAACAGCCAUGGCCAGCCAUUCCAGCAGUGACGACCUCAGCAGCAUCCCCAAAGCUUUCCAAGACAGUGUAAAAAAGCUGUUAUGCAAGACUGCUGUUCAUCUUAUGAAGAGAGUAAAACUGGAAACCAAGACCAACAAGUUUGAGGACAGAAUCCUAGUUUUAACAGCAUGGAGGUUCUAUUUGUUUGGUAUGAAGACACCUGCCAAGGUCGACAGUUCCUUCAAUUACCUGGAGAUUAAAAACCUGAUCACACAGCUACAGAACCAGCUUGUCAUAGAGACUGAAAAAUCAACAUAUUCUAUUAGGAUUCAUUCCUUAGAGGACCUGGAUCAAGUGGUCAGUCAUGUGAAUUUUGCCCUCACCAAGAUAUUCCCAGGACCUUCUAACACAGCAAUGAACAGACAAGGAACAUAUGACAGCCUAGACAGCACCAGGAACACUUCCCCAAAUUCAGAGGUGUCAAGCAGGAUGAAUCGUUCAGCAUGUGGUGGAUUCUCUGACACUUACGCUGCUCUUUGUGAUUACAAUGGCCUCACCUGUCGAGAGGAAGUCCAGUGGGAUGUGGACACCAUCUACCACUCACAGGAUAACAGAGAAUUUAACCUACUCGAUUUCAGCCAUCUGGAAAGCAGAGACCUGGCACUUAUAGUGGCAUCCUUGGCAUAUAAUCAGUGGUUUAGCAAGCUCUCCUGCAAAGACCUCAGACUGGGAGCAGAUGUAAUUGAACAGAUCCUGCAUACAAUCAGUAAAUCUAGUAACCUGGAGUAUCUGGUUCUGGAGAAUACUGGACUCAAAACAGAUUUUUUGCAGAAACUGGCCUUAGCUCUGUCAGAGAAUCCUAAUGCAGCUCUACAUUCAAUAUCCCUUAGUGGAAAUCAGCUGGAAGAAAAAGGUAUAUGGCUUUUCAGUCAGCAGUUGAGUCGUUUCUAUAAAGGGAUGAAGCACAUGAAUCUGUCCCGCACCUCCAUCACUGCCAAAGGUUUGAUCUCACUGUCUCAGGCACUGACUGGGAAUCCAGUAUUUACAAGCACUCUGACAUAUCUGGACCUUAGCAAGAACUCUGGGAUGCUGGUUGGUGAAGAAGCUUCUGCACUAUACCUUUUCCUGGCUCAACCUAAUUCCCUAAUGCACCUGGAUCUUUCUGGGACAGACUGUGCUGUUGACACUUUAUUUGGAGCUUUGCUUCAUGGCUGUUGCACUCACCUUACCUACCUCAAUCUUGCACAGAAUGCCUUUUCUCACAAAAAAGUGAAGGACAUCCUGCCAUCUUUCAAACAGUUUUUCAGUAGCGCAUUCUCCCUGAACUACAUCAAUCUCUCAGGAAUUAAGUUGCCGGUUGAUGCACUGAAGGCUUUGCUUCAGGGGCUUUCACUAAACCCCCACAUUGCAGAUGCAAAUCUGGAUCUUAGCUGCUGUGAGCUGAAGUCUGCAGGUGCACACGUCUUUGAGGAGACCUUUGCAGAUGUUCAAGCUGUCGGAACACUUGAUUUAUCAGAUAAUGGUUUUGAUUCUGAUAUGGUAACACUGGUACCAGCACUGGGGAAAAACAAGUUUUUAAAACAUCUUUCAAUGGGAAAAAACUUCAAUGUUAAAUCCAGAACUUUGGAAGAUAUAAUCAAUAAAAUAGUCCACCUCAUCCAGGAAGAAGAUUGUGCCCUGCAAUCGUUAUCAGUGGCAGAUUCACGUUUGAAGUCUCGAACAAGCAUUCUUAUUAAUGCAUUAGGCAGUAAUGUUUGCCUUACCAAAGUGGACAUCAGUGGAAAUAUAAUGGAAGACAUUGGUGCCAAAAUGCUAGCCAAAGCCCUGCAGAUUAACUCUACACUACGGACUGUGCUGUGGGAUAGGAAUAACAUUACAGCAACAGGAUUUACAGAUGUAGCUAGGGCCUUAGAGAAUAACUAUUCGGUAAAGUACAUGCCUAUCCCCGUCAGUGAUGUGACACAGGCAUACCGGAGCAACCCAGAGAAAACUGAAGAGGCCAUUCAGAAGACAUUUGAAUAUGCUUGCGAACUGGACUUUAGACAUUUAUUUGAGAACACUAAAUGGUUUGACGCUGACAGUAACAUUACACCAUCACAAAGAUCUUACUUGAAAAAUUUGGGUAAUUUACCAGUCAGAGUGAUCAAGCCAGACAAGGGAGGGGGAUUAGUUAUCUUAGAUAAAAAUGAUUAUAUCUUAAAAAUGAUAAAAAUCUUAGACUCUUCAGCAUAUGAAAAGUCUUCUCUAAAUGAGACAAAUUGCCAGUAUAAUAGAAUAAAAGGUUAUCUCAGAGACCUUUUUAUUGAAGGGAAGAUUGACACUGACACCUUUAAUUUCAUCAACAUCUCCUUCCCUAGGGUCCCAAUUAUGUUUGGGAUCCCCAAAAUACAUAAAAACUUGGAGGACCCUCCCAUGCGGGCCCUAGUGGAUGGGAGAUGUUGUAUUACUCAUCCAAGUGCUAAAGUAGUUGAUCAUUUUAUAAAUAAAUAUCUUAAAGCACUUCCUCAGAUCUGUAAGGAUUCGUGGUCUUUCCUAGGGUCUAUCAAUAGCAUCCCAUUUAACUCUUCUCACAGUUUUUUAACCAUCGAUGUGGUAGACUUAUAUACGUCUAUACCACACUUCGAAGCUGUGGAAUGGGUGGAACUGAUGUUAAUUGACCUGGGGGCACCCAAAGAAGAAAUUGAGGUUGUCACUACCCUCCUUGAAAUCAUUUUAUCAUCUAACUUUUUCAUUUUUAACAAUCAACACUAUCUACAGAACAAGGGUAUUGCUAUGGGUUCGCCAUGUGGUGGGAGUGUGGCGAACCUUGUAGUGGCUUAUUGGGAAAAGGUUUGUUUAUUUGAAAAUCCUUUAUUCAAGGAGUGUUCAAAAUUUUACACUCGGUUUUUAGAUGAUGCAUUUGUUCUUAUUGAUGGAAAUUCUGAUACGAUGAUGGACAGACUCUGUAUUAAAGUACAGAAUGAUGUGAAAGCUCUUCGUGGUUUCCCAGUUGAAUCAAUUCAAGAAGAUGUGCAUUGUGCCAAAGAAAUUAUGAAAGAUGCCAGGAACUCCAGAGCGCUCUUUCCAAGCCUUUAUGAACUGGGACAUAUAUUAGCAGCAGAUGGACCCAUUCGCCACAAACUGGAAUCAGUGGCCAGUGAGGUGUCCAGAGCUGUGGACAAGGAGCUGCAGGUGAUUCUUGACUCCAUGGUGAAUUUGACUGAAGAUCUUUGCCCGUAUGCACUGAGGAAAGCAGAAAGCCACAAAAAGAUGCUAAGUGCGAUUUCUGAUCGAGUAACGGUCUCAAGAAGCUUUGUGCGAACAGUCCUGCUAGAGCAAGCAGGGGUUGAGAUACAGAACAAGCUCAAUGAGCUGAAAUUGACAGUGGUGACCUACCUAACAAACUCCAUUGUAGAGGAAAUAUUACAGGAGCUGUAUGUCUCACAUAAGAAGCUGACUCGCCACAUUUUCCAGCUGAGAAGGUUGGCAGACCAGGAAGAAGGACUUCUGGAACUUCUGCAGGAAAAGCAGUCGAAAAAUAAAGGAAGGGACUCAGAAGAAACAACAGAUGAUGAGCUUUCAACGAGCAUUGACACUAUUGCUAUAAGAAAACAAACAUUUCAUUCAAGAAGAAUCAGACCAGUUUCUGCAUUUAUUAGCCUUAGUGAACAGGACCUCUACAGGCAGGGGACAGAUAUUGACUCCCCGUCAGGCUGGCAGUCGUCUUCCACUAGCAGUCAGUACUCCAAAUCCAGAAGCACAUCAUUUGAGGCUCUUAUAGAUCUUCCAACCGAAGGAGUAAAGCUAGAACAUCACACCAGAGGUCGACCCAGACCCCGGCGAAAUAACCGUCAAGCUCCCAGUAGACUAGAUAUUAAUCAGGUGAUUCAUCAGACAAAAUCAGAAAAUGGAACAGUCACAAAACUCGAUGAAGGGCUUGAUGAUUUCUUCUACAAGAGGGUGAUACCAGACAACAUCAGGUGGCAGUCACGGAGUAAUGUUGACUCAAGCCCUAGCCAGUCUUCCUUGGAUCACAAACAGAAACGUCAGAGGAGGGGUAUAUUCAAUUUUCGUAAACCGAAGAUAUUAAAACAUGAGAAGAACAUCAUUUCAGGACCUGAGUUGGAAUCUUCACCAUUACAAGAAGAGACAACAAAUGAAAAUUUAGUGAAUUCAGAAAGUACUCUGGAGGAUUCAUGGAAGAAAGGCGAUGAGUCUGAGAAGCCAGUUCCACACGGAGUGCGACCAGUACAGAAUAUAUUAUUGCCGGGUAUGGGUGGUAUCAGAGGUUUGCCAAAUAGAAGUGCACAGGAGCACAGUUUUAUAGAAGAUGCUAGAACACAAGAAGAAAGAGCUGGAUACACUCAGCCAGUUCGAAUUGUAGGAAUCGCACUUCCAGGAAUGGGAAGUACUGGGGGGCAGAAAUCUGAUGGAACAAAGGAACCAACAGAUUUAGAAAAUGAAACUAACAGAAGAGCCAUGAGAAGAUAUUCAGAAGGACAAGCAGUUCAUCUAUUCCGAAAACCAGAACCUCCACCUCAGUUGCUCAAACCUAGCCUAACAGGAUCUAGAAGGUCCUCAGCUACCUGCAAUAGAGAGAAUCGCAGCAAUGUGGGCCAUGAAGAUGAGGUCGCCUACAGUAUCCUGGAAGACCGCAACAGUAGUGAGAAAGAAAGUCAGACAGCUAGAAUUCCACCCAAGCCAGCUGCCAGAUUGAGACAUCCAGCAAUAGAGCCAAUAACUCCAAAAGAAAAGGCAUUUGGUGCAGAAUACAGCUUAAUAUUGGUAUCACCCAUCCAGAAAGAGUGCCCACCAACAAAACAGGACUCGAGUCUUGACAGCAGACUUGUACACCCUUCUGGCACAGAUUCAGCUUUGGAUGGAAUGAAGCAGCCAGCUGUGCCCACACCUGCCUUUGCAAAACCACAUCUGAAUAAAGAUGACUUGCCAGAAACAAGAGAGGAGCCAUACGAAGUAUAUGAGCAAGGCUCCACUGUGGAUGAUGAUGACAGGAAGAGGAAAGCUCCUUUGAAGCCCAAGAGAUCCAAGAGAGCGCAGUCCUGUGAUAAGCUGGAAUCAGACAGGAGUUCAGAACCAGAGCAGGAUGGUACUACCACUAAAGUAUUUAUUGAGGCUCCACGCCCAGCUGUAAGGAAAAUGCUCCCAAGGAAUGUCAAGUCACCACUUAACAAGAAAUUCAUGUCAUUAGAUGGAACUGUAAUCCUUACUCAGGGAGGGGAAUCAACAGAAGAUUCAGCAUCUUGAAUUUGACAAGAUUUAUAAGACGACGUACUACAAAGUUGUUCAGAAGUACCAGAGCAAAGUAUUAACUCUCAGCUACUAACUGCCAGACCUAGACAUCAUUAAUGAAGAGCAAACAUGCUGAGAUUAAUUUGUCCUGCAUCCCUCUCCCAGAAGAAGAUUACUCAGAUGGGAGAUGUGCAAUUCAGCUUUUUGAGCAUUCUGGCGUUCCUGCAUUCAUCUGUUUCACUCAAACUUGAACAUAGACGACCUUGUAUAUUUUUUCCCAAAUGAAUAUUUCUUUGCUCAGACUAACACAGACAAUGAUGAAAUUAUUUAAUAUGAGAAUGAAUGACGGUGGUAGAGAAAAUGUAAGUUUUAUCUUAUUUACUGGAAACUAGCUUUUACCUUCUUUAAAAAGUACUGGCAAAACAUAACAUUUACUAACUCAGACCCUUUCUACGUGCUGUGAAUUGGUUACUGAGAUGUAAUUACAGUUGAACUAGCACAAUUCUUUCUUCAGCUACUUCCACUUAUCUAUAAUAAAACUGCAGACCAGUUCAACAAAGAUAAUUUUUUAGCCCAAAAUGUUCUCCAGUACAAAAUACCCAUUAUUAUCACACACUUGUUCUCACAAUUUUUCAACCAUUUAGAAGACUAUGAAAUAUGGUUCAUUCUAAGUGUGUUGUGGAGUAUCGUCAGUGGCAACAUUGAAAUGAAUCAGUAUAAUUAAAUAAUUCUUAAUGUAUAGAGAGCUUUUGGGAGACCUCACUAUAAAAGUAGGCAUUCUGCCUGAGCUUUCCAAGUUCUGCCAUCAAGUCAUCUGUGGCCUGCUUUUCUUUUCUUUUUUAAAUGGGGGGAUCUAAAGAAGAAUCAGUCUUCAUACAGUAUAUAUAGAAUAGGUAUUUAUAUACCUUAUAUACGGAUUUGUUCAUUAUAUGUAUACACAUUUAUAUAUUUUUAAUGGACAACAGUUUUCUUGGUUAAGAAAUGCCAUAUAUCAAUAUGUAAUAUUUCAGUAACUGCAGUCAAGUUUAAGAUUUCAUUUCGUCUGUUUACUCAGAACCUUUCUGAAACCUUUUAGUUAAGUUUGAAAAUGUAUAUAUUUGCAGUUUAGGAUUUUACUGAGGUUCUCAGGGGUGUGAUGACAGUCGGCCAUUAGCCUUAUUGUGCCUUGCUACACCCUGAAGCAUGCAUUAAAAUCCUAUGAUAGCACCUUUCUGUGGCUUAUUCCUUAAAUGUAUAUAUUGUACAAAAAUAAUUAUAUCCAGUUUGCAAGGAUAAUCAGUGAUAUCUGUGGAAAACAGUUUAGUUUUAAAAGAUGUCACCUAUUCAUUAUAAUACUGUAAACCAACUACUAGCAGUGAAUCAUUGCACAUUACAUUGUUUAAGUACUACAUUUGUGGCCAAUAUUUCAAAUAUUUCUAGAGUCAUUCCUUUUGUAGUUCUGACAAAAUAAAUCUUAUUUGCAUUAGAAA